CCUUUUGAGCAGCUGUUCCAUUGGUGUUAUAACACGUGUUGAGGCUUGGGAUAAUAAUUCGGAACGUUUCAGAAAUGGCAAACACACGAUUCAAUCGACAUUUGAAAAGAUACCGUCUGUUCAAAGUAGUUUGUGUAUUUGCCUCUGUGUGCAUGGUUUCAAAACUUUGGUAUUCCUUUCUUCGAACACGAAUGCUCAUUGAACCACCUGACCAAACGCUAAAGAAUGAACCUCUGGCACGGGAAGUUGUCCCUCGACAAAGUCUUGCUUUCUUUGCCACAGCCACCACGCUCUCGUUCCUUCUCCAUCGACAAACCUGCUCCAAAAGCCCAAAACACAUCGAAUUACAAAACUGCAGAAACCGUUCCUAUGAAAACUGUUCAACAUGCAUACCGACGUCUGCCUGACAUACACAUUCAGAGUGGUGAAAAGAAAAGUCUUGAAGUGCUUCUGGAAAGAGGAGACAUUGAACCUGCGACUGACCUUGUUACUCGAGACACAAAGGUCAUACUGUGGUAUUCCUCAACCAGGUAUCACCCAGUCCUUUCUAGAUUACAUCCCUUGCGUGGAUGCCCGGAAUCCAGAUGUCGGGUUACCACAAACAGAGGCUUCUAUACCCAGAGUGACGCUCUUGUGUUCACUGCGCAGCUGCUAGAUCGGAUGCCACCCGUGAAGCUUCCAAAUCAAGUGUGGAUAUUGCAUAACCAUGAGUCUCCACAAUGGGUGAAUAAACACACGUAUUUGUACACGGAAUCUUGGAGCUCAACAUUUAACUGGACGAUGGACUAUAGGAAUGACGCCGAUGUCAAAGCCCCGUACGGGAUCUUCGAAGAAUGGAACAUUUCUUAUGGAUAUAUUCGGGGGGGGUGCGGCAACCACAAAUGCCCCAGAUCCGAUGACGAGGCAUGCAUGGAAUACCUUUCGAAAAACUACAAAUUCUACUUAGCCUUUGAAAAUGCCCUUUGUAAAGAUUACAUAUCUGAAAAGUUUUUCCGUUAUUUCAACUCUGAUAUGCUCCUUGUGACCAGAGGAGGGGCAACUACAGCGACAUUGCUCCCCAAGGAACCUUCAUCAAUGCAGCUGAUUUCGUGUCACCUCAUCAUGUAGCCCAGCGGUUGAACCACCUGGCUCAAAAUGAAACUGCCUAUGUGAAUAUUCUUCGCAGAAAGGACCAGUAUCGCGCUAUUUGGGAGGAAUGGCCAAUAGUUAAAGAUGGGAUCAUAACAUACAUGACCUAUCAUUACGAUGCAAAGCCCAUGUGUGAAAUUUGUGACCGAUUGUGGGAUGUUGAAAGUAAUGGGACUUUCUACAAGAACAUCGGGAAGUGGUUUGAUAAAGGGCUGUGCUUUGAACCUUCCGAUCUACCUUCCGAUUGGAUAUGAAUACUUUGGAGAAACAAACAUAAAGUACUCGAAUAACGUAACCGUGCAUUAUUUGAUGUUAUGCCAUUUGUUAAUG